UUUCGCCCUCUCUCUCUCUCUCGCCUCCGCCCUCCUCGCCUUUCUCCCCCACCUCCACCUCCUCCGCUCCCGAGGCGAGAUCUCGCCGCCGCCGCCAUUCCCCAAUCCGCCCCAAAACCCCCACCCCCCAAACCCUCCGAUCGAUCCGAGGGAGGAGCCAAUCCCGCGCUCGAAUUCGUUCGCCCCGAAUCAGCCGCUGGAUGCGUCGAGCUCGAGGCGGCGGAAUUCAAAUCUGAGCUCGCCGUUGGCGCGGAUCCGACGGGGAUGGCGACGGCGGUGUCGAAGUCGGCGGCUAAGCCGCACCCCAGGUCGCCCACCACCGCGCAGCCGCCGAACAACGGCUCCGCGGCGGGGGCGGCGGCGGGGGGCGGGGGCGGUGGAGUGGGUAUGGGGCCCGCGGGGGCGACGCCGUCGAAGAACGCGGCGAUGGCGGAGCUCAAGUCGAGGGUGCUCGGGGCGCUCGCGAAGCUCUCCGACAGGGACACGCACCACAUCGCCGUCGAGGACCUCGACCGCAUCAUCCGCUCGCUGCCGUCGCCCGACGCCGUGCCCAUGCUGGUGCACGCGCUGGCGUCGGACUCGCCGGGCCUCGCGUCCCCCGCGCGGCGGGAGUCGCUGCGCCUCCUCGCCACGCUCUGCGCGGCGCACCCCGACGCCGCCGCGCCCUACCUGCAGAAGGUGAUGGCGCACCUCGCGCGGAGGCUCAAGGACACCAACUCGGACUCCUCCGUGCGCGACGCGUGCCGCGAUGCCGCCGGCCAGCUCUCGGAGGUGUACCUCCGACCCCUGGCGGCCUCGGCUGCCGCUGAAGCGGGCAAUGCGACUGUCACACUGUUCGUGAAGCCACUGUUUGAGGCGAUGGGGGAGCAGAGCAAGGCAGUGCAGGGUGGGGCGGCGGCCUGCCUGGCAAAGACGGUGGAGGGCGCGGGGCCUGGACCUGGCGUGGUAGGGAUGUUUGGGAAGAUUGGUCCGAGGGUUUGCAAAUUGCUUGGUGGACAGGGAGUACAGGCUAAAGGGGCACUUCUCACCAUCAUCGGGAGCUUGUCUCAGGUUGGAGCAAUCAGUCCUCAGAAUAUGCCUCAAACAUUGCAAAGCAUUCGUGACUGUCUCGAGAACAGUGAUUGGGCUACUAGAAAAGCUGCAGCUGAUACAUUGUGUGUCCUGGCCACAUAUUCAGGCCGAUUGAUAGGUGAUGGAACAGCUCCAACAAUAGCUGCUCUUGAAGCUUGUCGCUUCGAUAAGGUAAAACCUGUCAGAGAUAGCAUGGCUGAUGCAGUGCAGCUAUGGAAAAAAAUGGCAGGAGAUGAUUCGAACGAUGGUAAAAAUAAGGAAUCAGCUGAUAAUGAAGGGAAAAUGGAUUCACCUAAUAACAAUGACAAAGUGAAGGGCAGUAGCAUGGCUGAAAAAGCAGCAGUUCUCUUAAAGAAAAGACCUACAUUAACCGAUAGGGAAUUGAACCCUGAAUUUUUUCAAAAGCUCGAGACAAGAAUCACAGAUGAAUUAGCUGUUGAGGUGGUUGUACCCCGCAAAACUUUACAAUCUCAUUUACAAAGUGAAGAGGAACCAGAAGAUGCAGAUGGCGAUCCUGUUGGUCCAGCUAACAGCAAUGGAUCAGCAGAUGAUGAAGCAAAUUUGACUCAACUGCGUUCUAGCUCUAAUUUUCAAAAUAUUCGAGAUAGAUGGGCUGGCCAGAGAGGAAGUAGAAACAAAGAUGCAAAGGUUAGGGCAUCUGAUGUUGAAGAUAGGAAUGAAUCUAGUGCAAAAGAUUCUGCUUCAGCAGCAAUGAAUGUUCCUGGAGAAGGGCCUUCCUUAAAUAAUAAAACAAACUGGUUGGCGAUACAGAGGCAGUUGUCCCACUUGGAUAGACAGCAGACUAGUCUAAUGAACAUGCUGCAGGAUUUCAUGGGAGGAUCUCAUGACAGUAUGGUUACUUUAGAGAACCGAGUGCGUGGUCUUGAGAGAGUUGUUGAGGAAAUGGCCAGGGAUAUAUCACUAUCAUCAGGCAGGAGAGGUGGUGGCCCCAUGCUGGGCUUUGAUUCAUCUCCUGGUAGAUCAUCUAUGAAAUACAAUGGUUUUCAUGAAUAUUCUAAUUCAAAAUUUGGGAGGGAUCGUGAUGGACGGGUGGGAUUUGCAGAAAGGUACUUUUCUGGAGAUGGUAUGUCUUCUGGUGUAAGAAGCUCUGAACCAUGGGACUCGUAUGCUUAUUCUGGAUCAAGAAGUGGUAUGAAUGCCAGGAGAGGGUUGGACUCUGUUUCAUCUGAUAACAGGGUGCCUAGAAAUGAACGAAGCAAUGAUCAAGCAGGACCUAGGCGAGGAUGGGACAAAGGACAGGGUCCAUUUAGGUUUGGGGAGGGUCCUUCUGCUCGAAGUGCAUGGCGAGCCUCCAAAGAUGAAGCGACACUGGAAGCUAUUAGGGUUGCUGGUGAAGAUAAUGGAACUUCUAGGGCAGCUGCGAGAGUUGCUAUCCGUGAAUUGGAUGGGGAAACUUUGAAUGAUGAUAAUCAAGGGGAUGAAAGAGGACCAAUUUGGGAGUCUUGGACUCGUGCAAUGGAUGCGAUACAUGUUGGUGAUAUGGAUUCGGCUUAUGCUGAGGUUCUUUCAACUGGGGAUGCUGAAUUACUUGUAAAAUUAAUGGAGCAAACUGGACCAGUAGUUGAUCAACUUUCAAAUGAAGUUGCAAACGAAGUCCUACAUGCUGUUGGACAAUUUCUUGUGGAAGAAAGCUUCUAUGAUAUAGCUUUGAGCUGGCUUCAGCAGUUGACUGAUCUGGUAAUGGACAACGGAUCCGGUUAUCUUGGAAUCCCCCUAGAUGCGAAGAACGACCUCUUACUGGGAUUACACGAAGCUACUGCCAUUGAGUUGCCUGAUGAUUGGGAGGGGGCGACGCCGGUUCAGAUAAUGAAGCAGCUAGCUUCAUCAUGGCGGAUUGAUCUGCAGCAGCUUAUCAGUUAGGGCCAUCGGUUGUUGACAUGAGUUAAUUUCAUUUGUUCAUUUCUGCCUAUUUUUUCUCUAUAUAUCUUGCUAUUAGGGCUAUAAGUAUUAGGUUUGACAGAACCUUUGAGUGGAACUGUGUUGACAUGGAUUGGUGUUGUACGGGGAAAUAUGAUGUUGAUAUUGUUUACCUCAUAACCUGUGUUGGCUUUCCUAUUUAUAAUUUGGAGGAUCUCAAUUUUUACAUU